AUGCUCGUCGGCAUAUGUGGCAGCAUCUGCUCGGGCAAAAAGACUGUGGCCCAGUAUCUGGUUGAGCAUCACGGCUUCAAGCACCUCUACCUGCAAGCCCCUGCGUCCGUCUCAGACCAGGACGCUGCGGGCAAGACAUCUUCGUCCCCUGACAGCGGCAGUGCGGCCGGUGCUGGGGUAACCGCCGUGGUUAAUGGUACUGAGACCUCGUCGUCGUAUGUCUUUGCCACGGCUGAGGACCUCUUGGACUUUGUAACUCGGCGAUGGCGCAGCCGCUUUGUGACGACGGACAUCCCCACGGAGAAGGUGCUCGAUGUCUUUGUCCGGCGGCCAUUCUUCCUGCUCAUCUCCAUCGACGCUCCGCUCACCGUGCGUUGGCGUCGUUUCCAGCAGCGCUCCAAGCAGCCGGGUCAAUCUGCCAUCUCCCUUGAGGAGUUUGUCGCCCAGAAUGACUUGCAUCUGUACGACCCUCACACUGGCCUGCAGCCGCUCAUAUCGCGGGCCACCGUCAGGCUGCUCAACACCUCAUCGUCGCUGGCUCAUCUCUAUGCGACUCUGGGGAAACUCGACAUCCCCAACCCCGACCGCAUGAGGCCGGGCUGGGACACGUACUUUAUGGCUCUGGCAUCUCUGGCCGCGCAUCGGUCGAAUUGCAUGAAACGCCGUGUAGGCUGCGUCCUGGUCGGGCGAGAACGGCGAGUCAUCAGCACGGGGUACAACGGCACCCCCCGCGGCUUGCGAAACUGCGCAGAGGGUGGCUGUCCUCGAUGCAACGAGGGGAGCAGCUCUGGUGUCGGACUGGCCACGUGUUUGUGCAUACACGCCGAGGAGAAUGCGCUUCUGGAGGCCGGGAGGGAGCGUAUCCGGGAGGGCUCCGUGCUGUACUGCGAUACGUGUCCGUGCUUGACGUGUAGCAUCAAGAUCUGCCAGGUCGGCAUCGCAGAGGUGGUGUAUGCCCAUGGAUACAGCAUGGACACUGAGACGGCGGAAGUGUUUAGACAGGCGGGCGUCAAGCUACGUCAAUUCAUUCCGCCUCCGAACGGCCUGAUUCACCUGGAGAAGAUGGAACUGUAUUGA